AUGUUUGAUUCAUCGAGUUCCGAGAAAUCCAGUGGCCUGUUUUCUGGGGUACCAACUAUCUCUAGUGGGAAUCUCUUUCAAGUUUCGUCUACACGGGAUAAUAAACCUUCUGAUACUGGACUUUUUGGCAUGUUAACAGCGUCAACUACGGAAUCCAAAACUGAGUGUGGAAUACCAACUUUUGGAUUCACAUCGAACCAGAAAUCUGACGAAAAUGGUGUUAAAUCAGGAAACUUAUUUAAUCCUUCUCCAAGUAAUAGCAAUCCCAUACAAGGUCAGCAUAGUACACCUUUGACAGUAAAUAUUAAUUCAAGUGUCGGUGCACGAAGGGAUUUAGACUCUCCUGAAGACUUCGACAAUUAUGCAAAAUGUUCAGAUUCAAACGACAUACAAAGUGUUGACCAAACCCAUUGGCCUGCAGUUAAAUUAUCCCGUCUGCCAAUCGGAAAUAAUACAAAAGCUUAUCUUCAAAAUCAAUUUCAACGUUUUGGUCGAAUUGAACGAAUUAUUUGCCAACCAUCAUUGGAUAGUGCCUAUGUCGCUUUUGAUUCAGUGUCAUCUGCAAGUCGAGCUAAACGAUUAGGACGAGAGCCUGUCUCACCUGAUGAUGGUGGCCUACCGAGCACUGUUCUCUUAACAAUGUCACGAUGUCGUCGAUUUAGCAAUUCCGGUUCAAGAUCAUCGCCUAAAUUGGGUUCUACCAGUAGUUUUAGUAUGAUUAGCAGUAAUAAUAAGUCACACUUAUCCUCAGCACGUACAUCUGGUUUAAAAAGACCGAUUUUAUCACGAACACACACGAAGCCAAUUGCAAAUAAAAAACAAUUUUCUAGUGUAAUGGACUCAAGUGAUGAUAAUCAGUCACCGGUGACUUCGAGUCCUGAAGUCGUCACUAAAACUUUAUCAUCGUCUUUAUUACCAUUACCCCAGCCACCAGUUCCAGCGUCAACGUCAGCCUCACUGUUACCACCACUACCCUCAUUAUCUCAAACAGUAUACAGUACACAAUCAAUAAUAUCGCCUAUUUCCUUACCAAAUACACCUAUUCAUAAUAAUAAUAACAAUAAUUUAUUUCCUCAGAAGUCUGUUUAUGCUGUCACACUGGAGGAACGAUUGUCUCUGCUACAGGAAUACUAUAAACGUGAUUGUGAAUUACGAUCAAAGUCAACUGAUUCAAUUAACCAGUAUUCAGUUGCAUACCAUAAUAAUAAUAGUAGUAAUACAGAUGAGCCAAUUCAUCAUGCUCCUAUAAAAGGUACAUGCGAAGAUAUGUGUCCUGAACUGGAACGUUAUUUACGAGCUGUUCAUCAGCGUGUAUCUAUAUUUGAAUGUUUACCGUCAACACUAAGUUCGAAUUCAUCCAGUUGGGAGAUGGAUCAUACACGAGCUGUCAAAGACUAUCAACGUUCAUCAGCUGAUCAACCAGUUCCUUUACCAAGAGAAUUACGUCCAACACAUGUAUUACAACGUACAAUGGCUUAUUUAUUAGCUACUAUAGCUGAUCGACCAGAGAUUGACACUACACGUAGUCUUUGGAAACCAUGGUAUGAAUUUAUGUGGACACGUACACGUGCUAUACGUAAAGAUAUACGUCAGCAAAAUUUAUGCUGUCCAAUUGUUAUCAGUGUUAUUGAACGGAUAGCAAGAUUUCAUAUAUUCUGUGCUGCACGUCUAGUCGAUCAACCAGUGGAUAGUUUUGAUCCACGUAUUAAUUCAGAGAAUUUAACACAGUGUUUACAGACAUUAAAAGAAAUGUACAGUGAUUUAGAGAUGUUAAAUUCUUCAUCAGCGUCAUCAGCUCACAUCAUCAUCUUCGUUUUCAUCGUCUUCUGA